GUGCAUCUAUCAUAUAACAAAAGCUUCUGGAGUCUGUGGAGAUGAAAUGAUGAGGUUGCAUUCAAAACAUUUCAUCCAGAAUGACCCAGGGAAAUUGCCUGAUGGCCCAUGAAGCUAAAGAUAUACAGAUGGCUGAUCGAGUGCUUGUGAUUGGGAGUGGAGGCAGAGAACAUGCUCUAGCUUGGAAAUUGGCACAGUCUCCCCAUGUGAAACAGGUACUGGUUGCUCCAGGAAAUGCCGGAACAGCAAAUCAUGAGAAAAUCUCCAAUUCAGCUGUUUUAAUUAGCAACCAUACCAUCCUUGCCCAGUUCUGCAAAGAUCAUAACAUUGGAUUUGUGAUUGCUGGACCAGAAGCUCUGCUUGCAGCCGGAAUUGUCGAUAACUUGGAAGCUGCUGGAGUGAGAUGCUUUGGCCCUACAGCCAAGGCAGUGCAGUUGGGAACAAACAGACAUUUUGCUAAUGUCUUUCUUGAUCAGCACGAAAUCCCCACAGCAAGAUGGAAGGCAUUUUCCAAUCCUCAAGAAGUUUCCACCUUUAUUAAUAGUGCAGAUUUUCCUGCAUUGGUGGUAAAGCCUUGUGGCUUUGGUCCUAGAAAGGAAGUAAUUCUUGCAUCCAGCAGAGAAGAAGCCUGCAAGGCAGCACAAGAAAUUCUGCAGGACAACAUUUUUGGAGACAACCGAAAGACAGUUAUCAUAGAAGAGCGUCUUAAAGGGGAAGAGUUCUCUUUCUUAUGCUUUGUGGAUGGAGUCACUUUUGCUGCCAUGCCACCAGUCCAGGUCCAGAGGCGACUCUUAGAUGGAGACGAAGGUCCAAGCACUGUUGGAAUGGGAGCUUAUGGACCUUUACCUCAGAUUUCUGAAGUUCUUCUAGAAAAAAUUAAAGGCACACUCCUUCAACACAUUCUCGACAGCAUGAAGCAAGAAGGCAUGUCAUAUGUAGGUGUGCUGCAAAUAGAAUUAAUGCUUACCAAAGAUGGUUUAAAAGUCUUAAGCUUUGACUGCCAUUUUGGUGACCCUGAGUGCCAGGUAGUUCUUCAGCUUCUUGAAAAUGAUCUUUAUGAAGUGAUCCAAGCCGCUAUUGACGGCAGCCUCAGCAAUUUCAUUUUGGCUUGGUCAGAUAAUUGUACUACUGUGUCAGUUGUCAUGGCAAGUGAAGACUAUCCAGGUUGCUCUAAUAAGGGCAAUGAGAUCACUGGGCUCGUUCGGGCAAAAGAGCUAGGCUUGGAAGUCUUCCAUGGAGCUACUAUAAUGAAGGAUAACAAAGUAUUGAUUCAUGGAGGCAGAGUUCUUACAGUAACAGCUGUCCAGCAGGACCUCACAUCAGCACUUGAAGAUGCCUACAAAGGACUAGCAGCCAUUUAUUUUCCAGGUGCUACGUACAGAAAAGACGUUGGGUAUCAGGCUAUGAAGUUCUUCAGUCAGGCUGUGAGCCCAUAUGAAGAUAAAAUUGCAAAUUCUAUAGCUUGCAGUGUCUUGGUUCAGCCACCUAAGCUACCAACUUCGAGUGGUUCCAAAUCAGGCAGCCAUGGCCAGCAGGGGAGCAUUUCUGCCUUCUUUGAUUUGAGAGCAUCUGGUUAUCAUGAUCCCAUUCUAGUAGCCCAAACGAAAGGCAUUGGGACAAAACUGAAGAUUGCCCAGCUGUGCAAUAAGCAUGACACGAUUGGUCAAGACCUGGUUGCCAUGUGUGUCAAUGAACUCCUGGUCCAGGGAGCUGAGCCUCUCUUCUUCCUUGACCAUUUUGCCUGUGGAAAUCUGGAUGCUGGAGUGGCUCAGGCAGUCACAGAGGGCAUUGCUGAAGCUUGUGAGCUGGCAGGCUGUACUCUCCUCGGAAGAGAGACCAAUGAAAUGUCUGCCAAACGUGUGCCUGGAGAAUACAGCCUUGUUGGCUUUGCAGUUGGUGCUGUGGAACAAGGAAUGAAGUUUCCACAGCAGGAGAGGAUUGUCAGUGGGGAUAUCCUAAUUGGAAUAGCUUCUUCAGGCCUCCACAAUCAAGGAUUUGGUCUUGUGAGGAAGAUUCUUUUAACAUCAUCCCUACACUAUUACUCUCCAGUUCCUGGUGGAUGUGGGCCCUAUACUUUAGGAGAGCAGUUGCUAACCCCAUCUAAAAUCUACAGCAAAGUCCUGCUACCUGUACUCCGUUCAGGAAAUGUAAAAGCUUACAUCCAUAUCGCUGAAGGAGCAUUGCUGGGAAGCUUUCUCCAUAUCCUUCCUGAACAAUUUAGUGUAGUUCUGGAUGCCCAUAAUUGGAAGAUUCCUUCCAUCUUUUCUUGGCUUCAAGAAGAAGGGAACCUCUCAGAAGUGGAGAUGAGUCAAAUGUUCAACUGUGGGAUUGGUGCUGUGUUGGUGGUUCAGAAGGAGAUUGCUGAGCAGGUUUUGAAGGAUGUCCAGAAACACGAGGAUGCAUGGUUGAUUGGGAAAGUCAUCCACCAUCUUUCAGGGUAUCCUCAUGUAGAAGUCAAGAAUCUCUUCGAAGUGUUGCUGCAAAACAGAUACCCAUUUCUGAAGAAUAUUUCCAAUGGAGAUGGUCAGCUCCAAACUUUACGCAUAAAAAACAAAGUGAAGGUCGCUGUUCUCAUCUCAGGAACAGGUACAAGCCUUGCAGCACUUCUCACCUAUGCAAAAGAGCCAGCAAGCUGUGCACAAGUAGUCCUUGUGAUUGCCAACAGAUCUGGGGUAGAAGAACUGAAGAAUGCAACCCUGGCUGGCAUCCCUACCAGAGUAAUUGACCAUAAAUUGUAUGGAAGCCGAUCAGAAUAUGAUGGUACAAUUGACAGAGUCCUUGAAGAAUUCUCUGUGGAGCUCAUUUGCCUGGCAGGAUUUAUGAGAGUUUUGAAUAGUAACUUCCUUAGAAAAUGGAAUGGGAAAAUUCUGAGCACUUAUCCAUCACUUUCACCAUUAACUAAAGGAGGAAAUGCCCAGAAGCAGGCCCUCUCGUCUGCAGACAACACUGCUGGCUGCACGGUGCACUUUGUACUUGAGGAUGCUAGUCUUGAAGCAGUAAUUUUACAGGAGCCGGCCUCGGUGAAGGCAGAUGACACAGAGGAGACCUUGUCUGAAAAGGUCAAAGAAGCAGAGAGCCGAGUGUUUCCUGUUGCUCUGCAGCUGGUAGCCAGCGGAACGGUGCAGCUAGGAGCGGAUGGUAAAACCUACUGGAAACGAGAAAGUCGGAAACUGAUCCGUCAAAAGGAAAAGCAGGAUUGUUCCUCCUCUUAAACUCUUCUACAAUACUGCAAUUAA